GUAUAUAACCACAUUUUAUUCAUGCUGCAUUUUAUCAGUAUUUUGUGAAAAAUGAUUAUAGACACUGAAAAAAAUCAAACAAAACAGAAGAGCAAGAAAAGGAAAGGUGUAGUUAGUUUCGAGGAGGAAAUUAUUAAUAGAGAAAAAGCAUCAGAAUUAUUAAGUAAUUUAUCGAAACCUGAACCAGUUACUGAACCUAUAGAAAACAGAGCAGCUAAACUUUCUAAAAAACAGAAAAGGAAACAUAAAGAAAAGAUAGAUAAGCAAAAUAUAAACGUUGUUUCUGAACUAACAAACAAUGAACAGGAUUUGAAAGAAGAAUUUAUUAAUGAAAAUAAAAGUAAAAAGAAGAAAGUGAAACUUGAACAAGUUACAUCUUCAAAUGAAAUUUUCAAUAAAAAUGGUAAAAAUGUCGAUCGGGAAGUUACAAAAUCGAAUGUGGAGUUGAACGAAAAUUCUGAAGUAUGUGUUCAGAAGGUCAAGAAUAAAAAGAAAAAGAAGGAUCAAGAAACAGAGAGUGAUGAAAACACAACUGAGUUAGUUGAUACUGAAGCAGUUAAUGAAGUUUCAAAAAACAUUACAAAUAGUGAACUAUCUAAACGAGCUAAAAAGAAAAAAAAACAUCUUGAACAAUUAGCUGCAAAAAAAUUGAAAACAUCCCUAGCAACGCAAGAAAAUGUCCUUAAUUAUUUAUCGAAAUGGAAACAUAGUAGGACUGAAUGGAAGUUUGAAAAACUCAAACAAAUAUGGUUAUCUCAAAAUCUUUUUGACUCUGCAAAGAUUCCUGAAGAAUUCUGGGAGACAGCUGUGGAAUAUUUUUCACAGUCAAGAGGAUUUAUCAAGAAACUCAUUUUGAGAGAAGCCAUGAAAAUAAUAGAAGAACAGGAUAAAGCAGAAGAAGAAAAUACAGAUGAAGACUACAUUAUUAAAGUGAAUAGAGCCCGUGGUAUUGUACAAACUUUACAAGAAUAAAUUAUAUGUAAUACAUGUUGUAAUAUAUAUUUUAUAUAAUGUGUUUCAUG